CGAUGCCAUGUUCCGUGCCAACAUUUCGAUCAGUGGCGACCAACGAGAAGGUAACUGUUACGUCUGUAGCUCUAAUCUCUCUCUAAACGUUUUAGGCUCAGACCUCCUCGAUGAGUUUGGGCUGUGGGACGUACCAUUCUCGUCCUUUUGCAAACUGGUGGACACCAAACAAGAAGACCACCAAGUCGCCGAACUGAAGUCCAAGUUCCCGACCGUUUUCACCGGCCAGUUGGGGUUAUGCUCCAAAAUGCAGGUGCACUUGUCGCUCAAGAAGGACGCCAGGCCGGUGUUCAAGCCAAAGCGACCGGUUUCGUACAAUAUGGAGGCCGUUGUGGAAGAUGAACUGAAGCGACUCCAGGACAACGGUAUCAUCACGCCAAUUACGUACGCAGAUUGGGCUGCACCAAUCGUGGUGGUACGUAAACCAGACCGCACUGUCAGGAUAUGCGCCGAUUUUUCCACCGGACUCAACAACGCACUGGAGGCAAACAAUUAUCCACUGCCUCUUCCGGAGGAUAUCUUCAAUCGAAUGGCUAACUGCACAAUGUUUAGCCAUAUCGAUUUAUCCGAUGCGUACCUCCAGGUCCAGGUGGAUGAAGAAAGUAGGAAACUGAUCAAUAUCAACACUCACAAGGGCCUCUACCAGUUUAACCGGUUGUCACCCGGUAUCAAGAGCGCCCCAGGAGCGUUCCAACAAAUCAUGGAUGCGAUGCUAGCCGGACUAGACUGCACGUGUCCGUACCUCGACGACGUCCUCGUUGGGGGACGCACAGAAGAAGAGCAUAGGAAGAACCUGUACAAAGUGCUAGAACGCCUCCAGGAAUACGGAUUCACCGUGAAAAUUGAAAAAUGCCGUUUCUUCAUGCGCCAGGUGAACUAUCUGGGCCAACUUCUGGACAAGGAGGGCAUCCGCCCUGAUCCCGAAAAGGUGAAAGCGAUAGUGAACAUGCCCCCGCCAAACGACGUCCCGACGCUGCGGUCGUACUUAGGUGCGAUAAAUUAUUACGGGAAGUAUAUUCGGGAGAUGCGACAACUUCGUCACCCGCUGGAUGGACUGUUGAAGCAAGGAGUCAGUUUCGAAUGGACAGAUGAGUGCCAACGGUCAUUCGAUCGUUUCAAGGAGAUUUUGCAGUCUCCACUCAUGCUGACGCACUAUAACCCCCGAAUGGACAUAGUUGUAUCAGCAGACGCAUCAAAUGUGGGCAUUGGCGCCCGCAUAGCUCAUCGGUUCCCAGACGGCUCCGAAAAGGCAGUGUACCAUGCUUCCAGAAGCCUCACCCCUGCUGAAUCCCGAUACAGCCAAAUCGAGAAAGAAGCACUGGGGCUGGUUUACGCGGUCACCAAAUUUCAUCGAAUGGUCUACGGAAGACGCUUCACCCUACAGACCGACCAUAAACCGCUGGUGGCUAUUUUUGGUUCCAAGCAAGGAAUCCCCCCUUACACUGCCAACCGCCUACAAAGGUGGGCCCUAACUAUGCUGUUGUACGAUUUCCAAAUCGAGUACAUUUCUACGGAUCACUUCGGACACGCAGACAUUCUGUCACGACUAAUAAAUUCUCACAUCAAGCCAGAUGAGGAUUUCGUGAUUGCUUCCAUCGAAAUCGAGAAGGUUAUCUGCAACAUCGUCGGCCAAUCUAUCGAGUACCUACCAGUGUCAUACAAAAUGAUAGCGGAGGCGACAUCCGAAGACGACACCCUCCGCAUGGUGAGGGAUUACAUCAGGAAAGGUUGGCCAAGUAAAGCAACAUCCGAAGAUCCAGGCGUACAACAGUUUUUCGCUCGACGGGAAUCGCUGUAUGAAGCCCAAAAGGUCCUGAUGUACGGCGAUCGAGUUGUCAUUCCCAAGAAGCUCCAACAGAAGGUGCUUCAUCAGCUACACAAAGGACACCCGGGGAUCGAUCGAAUGAGAUCCUUGGCGCGAACUUUUGUGUAUUGGCCAAACAUAGACGACCAUAUCACUGCUUUGGUCCGAAACUGUCAGGAAUGCGCAGCUGUAGCGAAGACGGACACAAAAACGAAAUUGGAAUCCUGGCCAGUCCCCGAGAAACCAUGGCAGAGGGUUCACGUGGACUUUGCCGGACCCGUCAACGAUACCUACUACCUUGUGCUAGUUGAUUCACUCUCCAAAUGGCCGGAGGUAGUACCAACCAAGCGCAUCACAUCAGAAGCCACCAUAGCAAUUCUUCGCAAAAUCUUCAGCCGAUUCGGCAUGCCGGAGGUCCUAGUCUCCGACAACGGGGCCCAGCUUACCAGCGACGUUUUCGAACGGUUCUGCGAGUCCAACGGUAUCACCCACUUGAGAACAGCGCCUUUCCACCCCCAAAGCAAUGGGUUGGCAGAAAGAUUCGUCGAUACUUUCAAAAGAACAAUGAAGAAAAUUCAAGCAGGAGGGGAAGAUCUAGAACAAGCCAUAGAUACUUUCUUACUCUGCUAUCGCUCUACACCCAGCCGAAAUGCACCAGGAGGAAAAUCACCAGCCGAGAUCCUUUUCGGCAAGCCGCUUCGAACAUCGUUUGAGCUCAUGAGACCACCAAGCAAGUUCUACAGGGAUGUCAACUCCAAGCAAGCUAGCCAGUACAACGAGAAACAUGGGGCUAAGACGAAAUGCUUCGAAGUCAAGGACAAAGUGUACGCGCAAGUACACCACGGAAACGAUUGGAGCUGGGUACCAGGAGAAGUAGUGGAGCGUAUUGGGCAAGUCAUGUACAACAUUUGGCUGCCUGAUCGACAACGGCUCAUUCGCUGCCACGGCAACCAGUUACGAAAACGCUACGAUACUAGCAGCAGCCCGCCGGAGGUUAUCGGCCCUCAAGUUCCGCUCGAGAUCUUGCUCGACACUUGGAGUUUGAACCCAUCUAGCUCUGGUGCUGCAGUAGAAACAGUUGAACCGCCUGCGGAGCCUGAAGGACUGGACGAGUUGCAGUUGGAAUUCUUGCGUAGCUUGAUGGAGCCUGAUCAGCAACGACGUCGACUGCGUACUCCGGUUAGGCAACCUGAGUUAGAGGAAGUUAUCCAGCGAAGAUCGUCCCGGCAGCGGCGCGCACCAGUUCGGUACGAGCCGUAUCAGCUUUAUUAAACAGGGGAGGUGUUGGCACCCCUAGCGCCGACUCUGUUAUCCUUCUACUGUCAAAGGCUCGGGUCAAACUGCCACGUAUACCGAGACUGUCAUCGUUCGUUCACCACGAGUAGAAGUACCGCAACGUGCGCGUCCAGUAUAUUUUAAUUCGUACUUUAUUUGUAUAUUCGCUUUAAUAAAGUUAUUGUUUGUUACGAGUCAUAAUUCUCGGCCUUAUUUCCCAUCGUAACAGUUUGAAUUAAAAUAGAAAAAAAUACCGACUUUCGCUCAAUCAUUUAGCUCCAGAACAAAAACGAGCAGAGAAAUUUUGACCCAACUUGAUAUAAUAGUUCAUUAAACAUAUACAAACACCUGACGAAAAAAUGGGAAUGAUCUAACUUAUCCUGUAUUUGUAUGAACAGUGCAAAGUAGUGGAUCACCUGUGCUACCAUGGGAAAGAGAGGGUUAAAAAAUCAGCUCCCACACACAGAAAAAUAUAUAUUAAAUUCAAAAAUAAACGACUUUGAAAUAAAGAAAAAUAAUCAUUGAUCCACGGCCUAAGUGCUUUUUUCAUUUAUUCAAUAACACUUUAGUAUUAGAUUCAAAGCACUUUUGUUAUUGUUUUUAAUUCUAGCAUUCGGAAGCCUGGACGUCAAUUCAAAAAGAAAAAUAUUUGAUUUGAAUACUCCAUUACAUUGAAACAAAUAUAUUUCGACUUUAUUUGAGACUGAACGCUGUUGCGUCUGCUGUGCCGGUUACAGGUUGCAGGUCAAUGUGGGAAUUGGGAGGGAAGUGAUGAUUGCAAUCGCUUGUUGCCAACAGACCGCGGAGUGUCGUGCAUCUGUACAAGGCUCAUGCGGAUGUCGGAGUGUUGUUCGGAUAUAAUAUUAUGUUUAUUCUUUGUACUAGGGUUCAUGCAUUAGUGCGUGGAUGCCACAUGUAAAGUGAUGAAUUGUGUAAAGAUUACUGUGAAGUGACACAGUUUGUGGACACAUCUGUGUCCUCAGUGUUGACGCAUCUGAUCGUUCGCGUUCAUAGAAGAGGGGACGUUGGGGCUCGUCGAAUUGAUGGACGUGACAGGACCAACAAAUGGCUCAAACGAUAUAACUCCAUAACAGAGCGAAAUUGAAAAUAGGAAUCGUUAACCGUUAUGUGGCCGACAAACUUUUUGCUUUUUUCUACACCGUGUAUUUUAAAUGGGUGCUGGGUACCCGGAUACCCUGCCGGCCACAUAAGGGUUAAUA